GUAUCAUCAUGUUUUCUGGUAUAAGUGAUAGGUGGUACGGAUAUAAUAAAAGCGCUAAUAAAAUGGAAUAGAAAAGUAGUAUGAGAUCAACGUUUUUGAAGUCGACCAGUGAUCCAAUCUACCUACCGUGUCACUUUAACCUUGAAAUUAAAGUUGAAAAGGAAAGUCCAGAUAACAUUCUUUUCAAUGUGUCUCACUGUGAUGAACAUUGUACAUUGAAAGAGAACAUACAUAGACCAUUUUUCCCUUAGGAAACUUAGCAAUGAACGACCAAAGAUAAAAUGGCUGAAAUAUCAGGACCUAAUUUCUUUGUGCAGUGGAGAAACUCCUGUAAGAAGAUCUCAGGAACAUAAGUGAUUUUACAGAUCUCUUCCACAUCAAUAAGUCAAUAUUUUUGUCGUUUUAUGUUCUAAAGAC